AUGGCUGACUUCUUAAACCUCAAAACAGAAACACAGCCAUUAAGUUUAUGGGUAGGUGUCACUAUCAUUAUAAUAAGCCUCUUCCAUAUUGAGUCUCCAUUUCUCUGGAAGAAGAAGUCAUUUAGUGAUGAACCUACUGAUGUGGUUCUGGACCUGACUAAGAAUCAGCUGAGUGUCUUCCUAUCCCUCAACCCAGUUUGGCCCAAUAUGACGAAGCUGUCUAAGCUCUUCCUACGCAAUAAUGACCUGAGGUCUCCACACGCUGGUCAGUUCCUAAACUGCCCUGCUCUCACCUUACUGGACCUGAGUGAGAACCAGAUCGACUCUCUACCAAUCGGAUGCCUCCGCGGAUUAGCUAAUCUGAAAAUGCUGUAUGUGAACUUCAACCAGAUUCAAAUGUUACAGAUUGGUGGAUUGGAGGGGGCGUUCGCCCUCACUCAACUUCACCUCAGCCAUAACAAUAUAACAAACAUAGAGGAAGGUGUGUUCAAGAACUCCACUGUGUUGGAGAAACUCGUUCUAUCGAAGAACAGAAUCACAAGUGUGGGAGAGUUCAGCUUCAGAGGAGCAACAGGUCUCCAGCAGCUCGACCUGAGUGGUAACAUGCUGGCCGCUGUUCCAGCUGAGGCAUUGAGGGAUGUAGACAGGCUCAGGUAUCUGCAUCUACAGAUGAACAGCCUCACCGGCCUUCCAGAGGAUUUCUUCUCCUCACUGGGCCAACUGGUUUAUCUAGACCUGAGUAACAACAAGCUGACCACUCUGUCUGAGGGAUCACUGAGAGGUCUGAGCGCGCUGAGUGAGCUGGACCUCAGUUCCAACCGCAUAGAUUCUCUUCCCUCAAAAGUCUUCAAGGACCUGAUCAACCUCAAGUUACUCGAUUUGUUCAGGAACAGACUGACGUCUCUUCCUUUGGACGUAUUCAGCAAUUUGAACAACCUGGAAGAACUCCAGCUGGACGUGAAUCAGAUGUCCGCCCUACCACUCGGGGUAUUCGAUUCGCUGUCCAGACUAAACGAGCUACAGCUGUCGAACAACCGGAUCCUGGAGCUCCACCCUGCUCUGUUCAACAAGCUCAAGUCACUGCAGAACCUGUACUUGGAGUACAACGCUCUGAGGCACCUUCCCAAAGGCCUUUUCCACAAGCUGAGGGCCCUCAAGGAGCUACACCUCGAUGACAACCACAUCAGGUCUCUACAUCCCUCGGUCUUCCACGGUUUGGUGAGAUUACUUUCGCUGAAGCUCUCUCGCAACCAUCUCGCCUCUCUACACCCGGACCAGUUCAGAGACCUCAUAGGUUUGAAAGAGCUAAGACUUGAUGAAAACCACUUAGCCAACCUUCCUCCUACAGGCCUGUUCAGGAAUCUAACACAUCUUAACACACUGAAUCUGGACCAUAACCGGCUCUCGGAGCUGUCUCCCUAUGACUUCGUAGGGCUGACCCGCCUUAAAGAGCUCAAGUUGAGCUUCAAUCAGCUCCGCGACAUCCCGUUCGACACCUUCUAUCCCCUCCACUUCCUCCGCAAGCUUCUGCUGAAGAACAACAGCCUGAAUAGUUUACACCCACAGCUCUUUGCCGGACUCUCAAAGCUCACAGAUCUCAACUUGGACAGGAACAAGCUGGGUCACCUGCAGCCGGAUGUAUUUCAAGGACUCGAAAACCUCCAGAGAUUGAGUUUGAAGUGCAACCAGCUGAGAGCAGUGGAGAAUGGGACUUUGGAGCCUUUGAGAAACCUUAUCUCUGUCUAUCUGUCAGGUAACUUGUGGGACUGCACCUGUGCACACAUCCUCUACAUCAGCAGCUGGGUCAACACCCACAGGGACAAGCUCGGAGACCGGCCCGUUUGCAUCUUCUCCUCUUCUUCUUCACUCUUAACCGAGGACCGACCGCUCUCCGAGGCAGCUCAGUCUCCCCGGCUGUUACACCAUCACUGCAUCGCAAACGCUGCAAGCGGCUCGUCGCCUUCAUUUCCUCUAGAAAUGCUGAUUCUGCUCACGAUUCCUCUCAUAGCCGUCAGCCCACUGGGACAUCCUUUGUAGUGGUUUUGCGCUCUCUGAAUGUUUCUUCCUGCCUUUGCUUUUCACGUCUGCUCUUGGUUUUUUUUUUUGCACCCUAAUCUCAAUAUGCUGUAAGUUUGAAUAUGUUUAUAUGCAAUCAAUAUUUGCAGAGGAAUAAUGUGAUCAUGCAAAAGUGCAAGAUGGAUUUUGUGAGGAUCAAGAGAGUUCUUGAAUGAUUUCCUUGACAAUAUAAGGUGGGGAUAAGGGAUUCAAUGUGGAUGUGAGCAUAUAUGCUUUGCACAAAUAAGUGUAAAGUCUCGACAUAAGACAACAUGGACUCUGGUUCAGUGAUUUGCAUCAGUUCCUGGUUGAGCAUGUGUUCCUAAAUACUGUGUUCAUUACAGGAGAUGAGCUUGAGAAUUGUUGAAUGUGUUUGUGUCUGCAAUUGAUUUUGAUGGCAUAUUUGUCAAAAAGCAUUAUAAUAAGGCAAUAAAAGAAAAUAAAACGCUCAAGAUUUAAAUUUCAAUGUUUAUCCGUUUCACUCACAGUCACAAAGUUGAGUUUUAGCAA